UGGAACAACAGUAGACAAAUAUAUUUUUUAUCGUUGAUAAAAAUAAAAUUCCUUAAUCCCUAUGUUUAGAGUUUAUCAAAUAAAUUCUUUUACGUUUUCUUUUAAAACAACUUUCAAAUUAUUUUUUAAAUAUCGUAGGAUGUCUACCUCAACGAAUAAUUCGGGAAAAAUAUUAUCACAUGUCGAUCCCGGAAGUUUGAAUUAUAUCAUAUAUCACAAGGAUUGUUCUGAUGGAUUUGGUGCAGCUUAUUCAGCAUGGACUCGACUUGGUGCUAACGCGACCUACUUUGCAGCAGCGCAUGGUGCAGAAAGACCUUCUGAUUCAGAAAUCAAAGGAAAACGUAUUGGAAUGUUUGAUUUUUCAUAUUCCAAUUCAAUUAUUAAAGAAAUUGAAAAACAAGCCGAAUUGUUGAUUAUAGUGGAUCAUCAUAUUACUGCUAAAGGAGAAUUAAUUGGAAGGGGAGAUGAAAAAGAACGGAAUUAUCAUUUUGAUAUGGAUAAAAGUGGUGCUAGAUUAGCUUGGGAAUUUUUUUAUCCUAAUAAAGAAGUUCCUUUACUAAUUCGUCAUAUUGAAGAUAAAGAUUUGUGGAGAUUUGCGUUGCCUAAUACGAAAGAAUUUUCUGCUUAUUGGCAUAACGUACCAAGGGAAUUUGAAACUUAUGAUCAAUAUGUUAAAGAUGAGGGAUUGAUCAAGAAAGUAAUAGAAUCUGGUACACACAUAUUAAAUUAUAAAAAUGAAGUAGUAAAACAGCUGGUUGAAAAACAUGCUGUAAAACGUAAUCUAACAUUAACAGUAAAUCAAUUACCCGCUUCGCCCAAUAAGCCUCCACAAUCUGUUACCAAACAAUUUGUAGUAUAUAUUAUAAAUAGUAUAAUAAUGCAAUCGGAACUAGGGAACGCAUUAGCUAAAAUAGAAGAUGCGGAUUUUGGAUUAGUUUGGAAUUAUGAUGCAAAAGAGAAACAAUACGUUGUUAGUCUAAGAAGUUUAGAUGAAAAAGCCGAUGUAUCACAAAUUGCCAAAGUAUUUGGUGGAGGUGGACAUAGGAAUGCUUCUGGUUUUAUUUGGGAAGGUGAAACCAUUGAAAGUAUUUUUGAUUAUGAUAAAACUGCUAGCGAAGUUUGGUACAUGUAAAAGAAAGGGUAAAUUUUUUAUUUCUUGUAAGUUUAUAAUGUUAUUUACUUUUUUUUUUAAUAAAAAUUACAUAACAUUUUGAUGGAAAGAUGAAAUU